GAUUCAUUACCCCCCUAGCAGGAUUCCUUCUUCCACCCCUCCUGGCCCAAGAAAUGCAGCUGAACCACCUGGAGCAAGCCUGAGUCCCCGGAGUCCCCGUCUGUGGUGGCCAAGGAGUGUCUCUUGCCUUGCAGUGGGCAUUUGGUGUUGCUUCUAACCAUGGAGGGACAGACCCCCGGAAGCAGAGACCUUUCGGAAAAGCCCGCAGCCGCCAGCCCCAGUCUCUCCUCCCUGGGCGCUGUCUUCAUUCUCCUGAAAUCCGCCUUGGGGGCUGGCCUGCUCAACUUUCCCUGGGCUUUCUACAAGGCAGGUGGGGUGGGCCCCGCCUUCCUGGUGGAGCUGGUCUCCUUGGUCUUCCUGAUCAGUGGGCUGGUCAUCCUGGGCUAUGCCGCCUCCGUCAGCGGCCAGGACACCUACCAGGGUGUGGUCGGAGGGCUGUGUGGCCCCACCAUCGGAAAGCUGUGCGAGGCUUGCUUCAUCGUCAACCUGCUCAUGAUAUCUGUGGCCUUCCUCAGGGUGAUCGGGGACCAGCUGGAGAAGUUGUGUGACUUCCUCCUGCCCAGUGCUCCGCCCGCCCUGCAGCCCUGGUACACCGACCAGGGCUUCUCCCUGACCCUGCUCACCGUGCUGGUCAUCCUUCCCCUGUCUGCCCCGAGGGAGAUCGGGUUCCAGAAAUACACAAGCAUCCUAGGCACGCUGGCCGCCUUCUACCUGGCCCUGGUCAUCACGGUGCAGUAUUACCUCGGGCCCCAGGGCCUCGUUCGUGAGCCCCGCCCUGCAUUGAGUCCUUCCGCCUGGACCUCCAUAUUUAGUGUCUUCCCAACCAUCUGCUUUGGAUUUCAGUGUCACGAAGCUGCGGUCUCCAUCUACUGCAGCAUGCGCAACCAGAACCUGUCCCAUUGGGCCCUGGUCUCCGUGCUGUCCUUGCUGGCCUGCUGCCUCGUCUAUUCACUGACAGGUGUUUAUGGCUUCCUGACUUUCCAGACAGAAGUUUCUGCUGACAUCUUGAUGUCCUACCCAGGCAACGACGGGGUCAUCAUUGUCGCCCGGGUCCUCUUUGCUGUCUCUAUCGUGACUGUCUACCCCAUCGUGCUCUUCCUGGGGAGGUCGGUGAUGCAGGAUUUCUGGAGGAGAACCCGCUGCCAGGUGUCUGACCCAUCUGGGCUGGGGGUCCGGAUGCCAAUGACCAUCCUGUGGGUCACUGUGACACUUGCCAUGGCCCUGUUCCUGCCAGACCUCAGCGAGAUCGUCGGCCUUAUCGGCGGCAUCAGUUCCUUUUUCAUCUUCAUCUUCCCAGGUCUGUGUCUCAUCUGUGCCAUCAAUGCUGAGCCCAUAGGACCACGGGUUAAGUGCUGCCUGGAGGUCUGGGGAGUGGUGUCUGUGCUCGUCGGCACCUUCGUCUUCGGGCAGAGCACGGUGGCGGCCAUCCUCGAGCUCUUCUGAGGGGCGGCCCGUGCCUGAGCAGGAGGGGGCCUCCACAGGCCACCCUGGUGCGGUGCGGCUACUUGCGUCUAACCGUGAGACCAGUGUAAUUCCAUCAUAAAGAUGCUGGAGAAACUGAUACCGUCUGCCUUCUCAGGCUGCUCAUUGGGGCUUCUGCCGCUUCAAAGGGUUUCUGGUGCAAUGGGGAGGAGAGUACAUUCGUGUCCUGGGGCUGCCCUAAGAAACAACCACAGACUGGUGGCUUCAACCAGCAGAAAUUUAUUCUCUCACAGUCCUGGAGGCUAGGAGUCAGAGGUCCAGGCGUGAGCAGGGCCAGGCUCACUCUGAAGCCUCUAGGGGAGGCUCCUUCCUGCCACUUCAAGCGCCUGCGGUUGCUGGCAAUCGUUGGCGCUCCUUGGCUUGUAGACCCAUCACUCCCAUCUCUGCUUUCAUCUCUGCAUGGCCAUCUUCUCUGUGUGUCUGUGUCCAUAUUUCCCUCUUAAAAGGAUGGCAGUCACUGGAUUGGGGCCCACCUUCAUUCAGUAUGACCUCAUCUUAAAUUACUUAAUUAGGGUUGGCAAGAUCCAUUUCCAAAUAAGGUCACAUUCACAGGUUCCAGGGGUUAGAACUUCAACUUACUAUUUCUUAGGGACACAGUUCCACUUAUAACAGAAAAGUACGGGCUGAAGCCCAGAGAACCCUGUUUUGGGACACCAGGAUCAAAGAAACAGGGUGAGGGCAGUGGGUGAGAACCCAAAAGGGGAUUUCAGGUGGCGUCCACUGGGGAUGGAGGUGGAUUCAGGUUGGUCCUUGGGCCAAAAUCCUGCCCUUGACCAGAUGGCCAAGGAGAUGCCCAGACCCAGACCCACAACCUUGUACUUGGCCCACUUCCAAUAGAGGGGCCCCCAA